UUUGGUCAAAUCUUGGCACAUCUGCAAUGCAGAUCUGCUUCAAAUCUGCAGAAUCCCUUUGCAGAAUCUGCAAAGUUACUGCAAAGAUUUUUCCAGAUUUAUGUUGCAGAAAAAUCACCUGGGUAGUAAGAUUUCUCUUAUAUUUGUCUAAGAUCUUAGAAAAAUCUUAGCAAACCUUAGAAUUUGCGGGUCUCACGAUCUUAGUAAGAUGCGUGUAAGUUUUUUACUAGGGAACUUAUUUUUAAAUAAUCACGAGAGUUAGUAUUACCGGGCACGGUCAAAUAACUCUGCUACCGGAGUGAAAUUUUGUGACGAAAUUUUGACAUUUUGCUGUGUCCAUAUCUUUUUAGCAAAAGCACGGGCGGUGUUGUGGAGCGUUUAGACUUAUAAAUUAAACGUUUCUCUACAAAAUGAGGUAUCUCGGAGCUCUAUACGUUUCUUUGUUUAUACAAUAAACGGUAAAUACUAAAUGCUACUUUUCCAAAGGGAACCUUGAGAAGGCAUUUUGUAUUUUCCUUUUAGUUGUUAAACAAGGAGAUGUAUGGAGCUCCAAGGCGCCUGAUUUUGUAGAAAAACGUUUGCUUUACAGUUCCAGACGUCCGACUCCGGUAGCAGAGUUAUUUGGCCGUGCCGUGGAUAUAGCAUCAGGCGUUCAUGGUAAAGCUGAAGAAUUGUUCUUAUGGCUUGUAUUCAUGAAUCGAUUUGACAUGGCCCUGUGUUUGUGUUCUCAAGUUCGGAGCCCAAUUGUUGCCUGUUUACUUGGUUCAAAAAUUUAUCGUACAGCUGCAAAACGUGCCGAUACAGAACUUGACAAAGAAAUAGAACAAGAUUAUUUUGAUAAAUCAAAAAUACCACCAAACGAAGAGAAAAUUACAUUGGCCCGUCGUGUUAAAUGGUUUUAUGAUGCACCGAUUGUACGCUUUUAUUAUCAUGUGAUAUUUUUUAUAUUAUUUUUGGGUUUAUUCAGUUUUGUUCUUUUGGUUGAUUAUUUUCCGUUGAAUAUAUAUGGUGAAACACGUUCGGGUAUACAAAAUUUACUAAUACCGAGCACGGAAAUUAUUUUACAUAUUUGUUUUUGGGGUUUAAUUAUAGAUGAAAUAUAUCAGUGGGUUAAACAUCAAAGAAAGGAGCAAGAUUACAGCGGAGAUGUGCGAAAUAUUUCAGAUAUUUUUGGAAUUAUUUUAUAUUUGAUUGGAUUUAUAACACGAUUCAUUGUUUUAGAAGCAGCUUUUAUUGUAUCAAAAAUUUCGAUGUGUAUGGCAUUAAUUUUUUGGUCGAUACGUUUAUUACAUUUAUUUGCUGCCUAUGAAUCACUUGGGCCAACAUUGGUUAUGAUCUUUAAAAUGACCCAACAAGCCAUGUUAAUUUUUAUUUGUUUUAUUUUAAUAUUUUUAUUUUCAUUUUCCAUAACAUCUAUGUCCCUGCUAACAACAACAUCCCAAGUAACCUGGAUGUAUACUGAUGAUGGACAAUUGUUUAACGCAACAGUGUCCGUUAAUGGAUCUGGAACAGAGACGUGGAACUGGCAAUUAUUACGAGAUGUUAUCACCUGGGGAAUCUGGAAAGUAUUUGGACAAAUUGAUGAACCAAUUAACAAUAGCGUUAGCACUAACGAUUCAUAUGGUGCAUUUGUUUUUAUAUUUGCCAUUUUAUUUGUUGUAAUUGCUAAUGUUCUGUUGUUGAAUGUGCUGAUUGCAAUGUUCAAGUUAGAAAAGAUGUACGAUACAAUUAUUCGCAAUAAUCAACCAACAGAACAGUUAGAACCGGAUUUUGUACGUGGCUUAAUGAAACUAUAUUACGAACAUCCGGAAGAUACUCCUCCUGCUGCAAUAAAUACACAACGAGCAGUGCCGCAUAGCAAUCAGCUGGUCAACGGCUUUGAAGAAGAGUUUGGACUUAAUGAACAGCUGUUGCCAGUGACGCGACGAUCCCGUCAAAGAUCUCUAACCCCACAUUUAUCAAGUUCAACCGAGAGAUUAUCCGCAUCAUCAACCGACAAUGUACCUAGACCGCGGUCACGUCAAGCACUGUUAACAGAGGAGAAUAAUAAUAGACCUCCAAAUGUAAGAGGUAUACCAAAAGUGUUACAACGGCAACGGGAAUGAGCGCCAUCGAAGUGAUAACUUGAAUAUUUUUUUUGUGAUAAUGAACCUUUUUUGUUAUUUUAAUGUGUUGUGUAAUACCUCAUUGCAUCAUUCAUCAAAGAAUGUUAUCUUAUCUUCGUCUUAGAGCUGCAAGUAUCGUUCACCUUCGAUCACUCCGUCCCUUGAUUGUCCGGCGGUGUUGUACUUCGAAACUAGAAGUUAGCGACAGUUUUAAAAAGUGCCAAAUACUUUCAAAAGGGUGAAGACAGUAGAAAGUCUCAGGCUAACGGCCGCCAGUAUAUUCAGCUACUGCUUUCUGUUUACACGAGGUCCGAAGCAAAUCAGGCACGUCACUUGUUUUCGUUCAUGUCUAGUCUGAGCAGUUCCAAGGUUUGUAUCAGCUAUUUCGCAAACAGCCGGAUCACCGACGGACUCUGGAUCCGACGUAUGAUUGUAACCACUCCAACUGCUGCCCGAUCGCUUUUUUCACGAAACCUAGUGGACAGUAGGUAAUCAAGUGUCCUGAAUCCGAAUGUCAUAGUGGUUUGGGCGUCUAGGCCUCCAAAGGGUUUUCUCGAACACCAGUUUUUCAGAAACUCUAAACACUGACUAGAACGUUUCUUAAUAAGACAUAAUUGUAGCCCGCACAUUUCUGAUUAAAAUGAGACAUCUCCAGCUCUACACAAUCUUUCUCUGCAAAGCUAUAGUCGACGGAGUAAAAGUGAUGACUCAUAGCAUUAUUUGCUAGCGUAGAUUGCAGCGAUCCGAACUAUCCAAAUAACACUUUAUAAGCCAAGAACAUGUGCACUUAUAUGAUUUUAGUGUCAAAAACGCCUGCGCCCUUUACAUUAUGCAAAGUUCAACUUUGCACGUUUUCCAAAAUACUGCAUAUACUGGAAUGUUUCUCGGUAAGUCAUUCUCACAAUUCCUUCCUCCCGAAACAAUUUUACUUAACAAGCAGUAUUUAAAAACAUUCUUGACAUGAGAUAUGUCAUUUAGGAGUCUGAACUUUACAUUAAGUAAGGUUCAACUUUGCACGUUUUCAAGAACAUUUCAACUGCAAACUAACAGAAUUAAAAUAAUAAAUAACUAUAAAGCUCACGAAGAUUUUCUCAAAUAGAUCCCAUAAUUCCUAUAAUUUCCAUACUAUUUAUAAUUCCUAGAAAACUAGGAUAACUUCAACCUACGUAUUGUGUAUUAUGUAUUACGAUAGUAUAUCCACUAGUGGAUCCGAUUACGAUUCGUAUUUGCUUGAUGACAUCUCCGAUAGCAGACAUUAUGAGUAAAUAAAGAAGUUGGAAAAUAUGACUUGAUUGAUGAAGGAAGAUUGUUGACGAAGGUAAGAAAAAUAGUUGGUCCGAGAAUAUUUCCUUCCUCAAGUGUGACUUGAACCGCAGAGGAAUAUGAUUCUUUAACUACUACUGUUUGUGUACGAUCAGAAAGGUAGGACUCAAUAAUUCCAGAAGAACGCCUGAAACAUCGACAGACGCAAGUUUUUGGAAUAGAGUGCGGAUUUUUUCAAAGCCUUUUAGAAGUCGAAUGAAUUAUCGAUGAGCAACAACAAUUAAAAUAAUUCUUUGUUAUCAAUAAGAUGCUCUGAUCAUAGCCAUUAUUCCUCAUUAUUGUUUUUAAUUGACCAUUUGCUUAAUGUGAGAAAAAACUGGAAUAUUAUUCAUAUUUGACGAUUUUUGGCCUGUGCUUUAGCCCAAAUUUUACCAUUUUUCUCAGACAAAUAACAAAAGUCUACUUUUAUAGGGAAAUACGAAGCCCAUCAGUGUAAAAUGCGAUCAAUGCUUUGUUUCUCAGUUUUACCAUUUUCAUAAUGGAAAAGAAAAUUUUACCAAAUUUUUAUCUCACACAUAUGCGAUUAGAUUUUUCGGAACUACCACCUAGAGAUCCGUCGGCAUCUGAAUGAUUUACUACUUGGAGAUCGACUUCAUCUGGAAUCCAGGUGACCUCAGCACAGUGGGCAUUCAGACGGAAAUUUGCUCAAAAAAUCGACAAGUGAGCUUUUUUGAAUUCGAACAGUAGUAAAUGUAUUCCUUGAAAAGCGCUAUCGAAUGGUAUAUAAUGAUCGACUAGUAAUGAACUCCUUCGAUGAGUAAGUUAACUUACGAACAUUCACAAAAAACACCGU